AUGAGCACCAACACCUCUUCUGCGGAAGAGCUGAAGCCCCAAGAUGACACCCUAGCACACCACGGCGUCCACCUCGACGGCAACGAAGUCCGCUGGAACGACGAUGCCACCGACCACCCUCGCAACUGGAACCCUUUCACAAAGUACUACACCACCAUCGUCAUCUGCUGGCUAGAACUCUACAUGACCGGCAUCAGCUCAGCAGGCACCGGCGCCGCAGACACCGCCCGCGAAGAAUUCCACACAAGCCGCACCCUCUCCUACUUCGCCUUCGUCAGCAUCUACCUCCUCGGCCAAACCCUCGGCGGCAUCGUCCUCGCGCCCAUCUCCGAGACCUUCGGCCGUCGAACCCUCUACAUCGUCGCCACCUGCACUUUCUGCGUCUUUUCGAUCCUCACCGCCGCAGUCCCCUCCGUCGCGGGCCUGUACGUCGGCCGCUGGUUUCAGGGCGUCGCAGCGGCUAUCCCGGCGACGGUGGCGUUUGGGAAUUUUCAGGAUAUGUUCGAUGCCAGGGCCAGGAUUGGGGUGGUUUCUGGGUAUACGUGGGCGGGGUUUGUGGGGUUGGCCCUGGGGCCGGUGUAUGCGGCGUAUGUGACGGAGAGGUGUGGGUGGAGUGCGAUUGUGUCGGCUGUUUCGGCUGCGUUGUCGGUUGGGGUGAGGGAGAGUAAGGCGGAGCAGUUGUUGCAGGGGAAGGUUAAGGUGGUUAGGGAGGAGACUGGGAGGGGGGAUAUUCAUGGGCCUGACAUGUCGGGAGAAUUCUCGCUGAGGGGGUUUGUGCGGGAUACGCUCUUCCGUCCGCUGGUGUUCCUUACGACGGAGCCGAUUGUGCUGUUCUGCGCGUGCUUAUGCGCCAUCGCGUUCGGACUGCUGUAUGGUCUGACAGCUGGACUCACAGUUGCAUACACCGACCCUCCCUUCGACAAUACCUUCAACGACGUCUCCUCAUCCCUCUCCUUCGUCGCUAUCCUAAUCGGAAUCCUCCUUGACAUGCUCCCGCGCUUCUACGACCAUCACGUCUAUCGGAAAUGCCACGAAAACAACGUUCGCAUCGUCCCAGAAACCAAGAUCAGAUCCUUCGCAAUCGCGUGCCCAAUCUUCGCCCUUGGCCUCUGGAUCUUCGCAUGGACAGUACCACCCAGAGUUACAACUGUUCCCUGGCCCGUCUCCAUGAUAGGUCUCAUCUGUAUCGGCUUCGCCACUACAGACUUCUCGUACGUCCUGUUCGGCUACGUCACAGAUUCGUACGGCGAUUACGCAGCAUCUGCCGUAUCAGCCCUUAGCACUACGAGGACGAUCGCGGCCGCUGCCUUUCCCCUUUUCGCACAUCAGAUGUUCUCAGGACUGGGGACGAAUAUUGCCGCGACGACUCUGGCGGCUGUGGCGACGUUGUUUGCGUUUACGCCGAUUUUGUUCUUGAAGUAUGGACACGGACUGCGGCAUAAGAGUAAGACAGCGCAGGAUGAUGUGGAUUGUUUGCAAGAGGAGAAUAAGCAUCUCGAUGAUGGGAAUGAGAAGGGGCGGAAGGAGAGUGGGAGUAGCAAUGCGGAGACUGUAUAG